AUGGGGAUUUUUAACGACUUGCCUGUUCCCUCGGAUAAAACUUACCUGAGGGAGGAGCUGGCACGAAUAGAUGAGAGCUGGGCUGCUGCUCGUUUUGACUCUUUGCCACAUGUUGUCCAUAUCCUUACGUCUAAAGACCGUGAAGCUGACAUUCAUGUAUUAAGGGAACAAAGCGAUGUUGUUGAGGAGGUUGUGGAUGAAGUUGUCCAUGCUUAUCAUGGUGGUUUCAACAAGGCCAUUCAAAACUACUCUCAGAUUUUGCGUCUAUUCAGAGAGUCCACUGAAAAAUUAGACGACUUGAAGCAUGAUUUGGCAGAUGCAAAGAAAAGCUUGGGUUCACGCAAUAAACAAUUACACCAGUUGUGGUACCGUUCUGUAACAUUGCGGCACAUCAUCUCAGUGUUGGAUCAAAUUGAGGGCAUUGCUAAGGUUCCAUCUCGUAUUGAGAAGCUCAUUGACGAUAAGCAGUUUUACGCUGCUAUUCAAUUGUAUCUCCAGUCGUCUCUGAUGCUUGAGCGUGAGGGCCUUCAAACGGUUGGUGCUCUUCAAGAUGUCAGAUCUGAGCUAUCUAAGCUGCGAGGAUCUCUUUUCUUCAAAAUUCUAGACGAUUUGCAUGCACACCUAUACAAUAGAGGUGAAUACAGUUCAGUGGCCUCAAGCAUAUAUGAAAGAGAUGAUGAAGUACCAACAACAGCUGUUGCAGCCAGUCGAAUGAGCUCACAACCACUUUCUCGUAGAACACGGACACUGAAAGGUGAUAGUCAGUUUGGUGUUAGAGGGCUCACAAAUGGUUCACAGAGAACGGCUUCUAUUGAAGACGGUUCAUCAUUUGAUGGACAUGACGAGGAGGACUCUGUGGAGCAUGAUGAAGCCACCGCAGAUGGGCAACCUGUUGAAUUGCUUUCAUACCAACUUCCGCCUUGGCUUUCUGCUUCCUCUCCUGAUGAGUUUAUAGAAGCAGUAAGAAAGAGUGAUGACCCACUGCAUGUGAAGUAUCUACAGACACUUGUUCAGUGUCUCUGCAUGCUUGGCAAAGUUGCAGCGGCUGGUGCUAUCAUAUGCCAAAAACUUCGACCCACAAUACAUGAGAUCAUAAUAUCCAAAAUUAAAGCCCAUAUGGAGACUAGAAAUUUGUCAAAGUCCGUGAAUAGUCAGGGUGAUCGAACAGGAGCUGUGGGAUUGCAUAUUAUCAAAGGGCAGUCAGAGUCCUACAGAUUAUCAAAAGAGAAACCUCAAAGUGGGAUGUCAAAUUCAGGAUCUCACUUGGCUGUGAGCCCUGUUUCGCCUCUUAUGGCUCCUGGAGGCAAAGCACAAGCUGCAGCAAAAGACCUUCUUGACUCAAUUUUAGAUACUAUUGUCAAGAUAUUUGAGAAUCAUGUUGUUAUUGGAGAGCUUUUGGAGUUGAAGGCUUCUCAACAUGGCAUUAACACACCAAAGUCAUUGCCUACUGAUGUCAAUUGGAACACUGAUUCCGAAGCAUCCCAAGUUACAGGAGGCUACACUAUCAGUUUACCCUUGACAGUCUUACAGAGUGAAUGCCAACAACUCAUAUGUGAAAUUCUACGAGCAACUCCAGAAACCGCUUCAGCAGAUGCUGCUGCACAAACUGCUAAACUUGCAAAGAAGACUCCCAAGAAAGAUAAAAGGCAAGUGAUCCUUAGCAUGGGUAGUUCUUACAUGCAAGGAGAUUGGGGUGCACCUGAAGAUGGGUUAACAUUCACCUUUCGGUUUACAGAUGCAACUGCAUCGCUUUCUAAUCAGGGAGCUGAUCUCAUUCGUCAAGGCUGGGGAAAGAGAGCUCCAAAUGCAUCACAGGAAGGUUAUGGAUCUGCAGCAGUUUUGCCUGAACAAGGAAUAUAUCUAGCUGCAUCAAUUUACCGGCCUAUCCUUCAGUUUACCGAUAAAAUCACUUCAAUGUUGCCCAAAAAGCAUUCCCAGCUCGUGAACGAUGGAUUGCUUACAUUCACGGAGAACUUUGUGAAAGAUCACCUGUUACCGACAAUGUUUGUGGACUAUAGGAAAGGCGUACAACAAGCUAUAUCAAGUGCCGCCGCAUUUAGACCCCGUGCACAUACAACUUCUUACACGCCAACUGUAGAAAAGGGUCGACCUAUCUUGCAAGGUCUUUUGGCUAUAGAUCUCCUUGCAAAAGAGGUUCUUGGUUGGGCUCAAGCCAUGCCUAAAUUUGCCACUGACCUUGUGAAGUAUGUUCAGACAUUUCUUGAGAGAACAUUUGAGAGAUGCCGAACAUCAUACAUGGAGGCUGUGCUAGAGAAGCUCAGUUACAGGCUCAUUGGGAGGCAUGAUAUUGAGAAAUUGAUGCGACUUGAUGCUGCGAGUGUUUGUUUGCCAUCUUCACUUGGCCAUUCUGUUUCUCACUCUGAGGCUGUUGGCUCCGAAGUAGAACUCAAUGUUCUAUUCUUAAGUUUGCCGCCUAUCAAGCAGGAUAAUCUAAUUCGUGAUGACAACAAACUGAUUUUGUUAGCGUCUCUUAGUGACUCACUUGAAUAUGUGGCAGACUCUAUUGAGAGGCUUGGACAAGCAGUUCCUCGUGCGGCAAGUCAAGCUGAAGGUAAUAGCACGAGUCAAGCAACUUCUCCUAGGAAUCUGGCAUCAUUUGCUGAUGAGUACAGAAAACUUGCGACUGAUUGCCUAAAGGUUCUUCGUGUUGAGAUGCAAUUGGAAACAGUCUUUCAUCUUCAGGAAAUGACAAAUCGGGAAUACUUGGAGGAUGAGGAUGCUGAAGAGCCAGACGACUUUGUGAUUUCUCUUACUUCACAGAUAACACGUAGGGAUGAGGGAAUGGCGCCUUUCAUCUCUGGUGAGAAGCGCAAUUAUGUUUUUGGUGGCAUCUGUGGAACUGCAGCAAGUGCGUCCAUUAAGGCUUUGGCUGAGAUGAGAUCAAUUAACCUUUUUGGAGUUCAACAAAUUUGUCGGAACACUAUUGCAUUGGAACAGGCCAUGGCAGCUAUUCCAUAUAUCGAUGGUGAAAGCGUACAACAGAACCUAGAUCGUGUCCGUACUUACUUUGAGCUACUAAACAUGCCAUUCGAGGCGUUGCUUGCAUUCAUAGCGGAACAUGACCAACUGUUCGCACACACAGAGUAUUCAAAUCUUCUGAAGGUGAAUGUUCCUGGAAGAGAUACUCCUCCAGAUGCUCAACACCGCCUUUCGGAAAUUCUUUCUCACUAAAAUCAAACUCGCCGGAGCCAUUCGCCACACUGGUAAUAACACAGAAGAGAUUCUCCCGCAGCCAAUCUGUCGUUUUCAUUAUCUUCAUAAGCUGCAGAACAAUCACAAUGAUGAAAUUCCGAAGGAGAAGCAAGAUACAUAACAGUGCAAUAUCUUCUUGGUGCUUCUGCUGCAAUAAUAGCCUGGUUCCAUUAUUUUUUCGUUUAUUUGUUCUCUUUUUGUCCUGUAUACAGAACCAAAACCUUUCUUUAAGAGCUUUCUUUUUUUGUUUAAAUUCUUUGGUAGAGGUUUUGUUGCUUGUAUAAAAACUUUCUUAGGUGAGUUACAUUUGCCUUCCUAGUGAAAAACAAAAAUAGAGGAGAAAGCUACAGAUAUCUACCAUUCAUCUUGA